AUGGUUCAUCAAACAAAGGAGAGGAUCUUAAGAUUUGAGGAUGUUUGGGCUCAAAAAAAAGCUUCUAUGGCUGUGGUGAACAAAGUUUGGAAAAAGAAAUAUAGAGGAAAUGCAGCCAACAUUUUGAAUUGUAAAAUGAAAAAUUCAAUCAAAGCCCUUUACUAUUGGAGGAAAUCUAAAAUGCAGAAUUUACUUUCUCUUAAAAAGGAUCUUUUGAUUCAAAUUGAGAAUCUUCAAAGGAAAGAGGCAAAUGAAGUAAGUCUUUUGAUUGAAGAAAGCUGGAUGCUAAAGGCUAAAGUAGGAGAGUUCAACUCCACUCUUGCAAAACUUGAUACUUGGUGGAAACAAAGAGCUAAGGUGAAAUGGAUGGUGGAGGGAGACCGGAACUCUAAAUUCUUUCAAGAAUUUGCUUCAUCUAGAAGAGAUGCUAACUUUAUUUCCAAGAUUAAGAAUGAAGUUGGAGAAGUGGUAAAGGAACAAAAGCUUAUUGAAAAUGCUUUCAUAAAACAUUUUCAGGAGAAAUGGAAAUUCCGAAGAUGCAUUCUUGAAGAUUGGCCUUCUUCAUGGAGCUGUCUAGAUGAGGAAGAUAGAACUUCUUUAAACAAAUCCUUCUCUAUUGAAGAAAUGGAAAUUGUUAUAAAAAAUAGUGGUAAUAAUAUCUCUCCAGGUGAUUGA